AAAAAAUUAUUUAAAAGAGGGAACAGAUAACUGUGACAUCAAGCCUCUUACUUCUGCCUUAAAUGAGGAGAGAGGGAGCCUCUCAGAGGAAGAUCUUCAGGUCUCGCAGCAGAUGCGCGCCGUCCUUGGAUGCUCCAGACGCGCAGCGGAGGAUUUUGCGCACUGGAAUCAAGCAGAGCUGAAGAAACGGUCUGCCUGACUGACCGCAGUCUCACAGGCACUUGGACUCAUUUGGUAGCAUUUUAACUCCGCUCAGAGACAACUUCCUGCUCAUAUCGCUCCGGAUUAAACAGAAUAAAACUGUUCGGCUGGAUUUGAAACUUAGAAAACUAAGUCGCUGCUUGAAGAGGAAAUUCCCACAUCCUGAGAGACGGGGACGUUUAAAGAGGAUUGUAGAACUCUUUGCUGGAUUGGACAGGAUUUACUCCAGCUUGAGGUGAUGUUUCAGCGGCAUGCGUGUCUUCUCCUCUCCAAGUCUUCCAGAGAGGUUUAAACCGCCGCUUAUCUUGAAUAAACCGAGAAGUCGCUGAAGAUGGGAGCCCUGCAAACAUUCUUGCUGUUUUUCCUAUUGCACCAGGUCACGUGCAGGAAAGUGCAUGGAGGCGCCACGGAGCUCAUCGAGUGGAGGGACGGUGACAACGGACACAAGAUUUCUCCCACGGGGGCAAGUCCACGGAUUCUCAGCCCCCUGCGUUUGUUUGCCAGAGGCUCCCCGGAGCUCAAAAGCAACAUGAGGGAAAUGGCAUAUUUACAGAACACGGAGGACUUUUGGGACUGGUUAUCUAACCAGACAGAUGUUCAGAGUGCACAGGCCAGAACUAAACGCAGACCCAUCGUGAAGACUGGCAAAUUCAAAAAGAUGUUUGGGUGGGGGGAUUUCCACUCAAACAUCAAGACAGUCAAGCUCAACCUUCUGAUAACUGGGAAGAUCGUGGACCACGGGAACGGAACGUUCAGCGUUUAUUUCCGGCAUAACUCCACAGGAAUGGGAAACGUCUCUGUCAGCCUGGUGCCACCCUCUAAGGUUGUGGAGUUCGAGAUCGCCCAGCAGUCCACAUUGGAGAACAAAGACACCAAAUCGUUCAACUGUCGCAUUGAAUACGAGAAAACAGACCGGAACAAGAAGACCGCCCUGUGUGGCUAUGACCCGUCCACGGUGUGCUAUCAGGAGCACACACAGAGCCACGUUUCAUGGCUGUGCUCGAAACCCUUCAAAGUCAUAUGCAUCUAUAUAGCCUUUUAUAGUGUGGACUAUAAACUGGUGCAGAAGGUAUGCCCUGACUACAACUACCACAGUGAAACACCAUAUUCUUCCACAGGAUGACAUAACUGUUAGGUGGCAGCAGCCUUUUGUUUUUUCUCCAAAUUAUGUAAAUGUGAAACUCUAAACUUACUGUCCCUAAAAAAAUAACCCUGAACACCUAAAUUUGCUUAAACAAAGUCACCUUGCAUUUAGACAUAUACACUUGAAAUAUUUGACAAAACCUCUGUAAAUAUAGCACAUGUAUCCAG